AUGGCUAAGAAGACCAAAAAACAGUGUGCACGGCCAGAGAAGAGCAACAGAGGCUGCAUGUUUAGUCUGAUUAGCAUAUUUGAUCCCCGCCAUGGUCAUUCCACCCAGAAGCUGCUAUCAGAUACGAUGUACGGGAGCCGCCGGGAAACUGAGGCUCCUGGUAAUUUUCCAUUUAUAGCAUUUUAAAUAUAAAUUAAACAUUUACUAUAUAAUUUUACUUCUCAUAAAGUGCCAGUUUUUUCAUUUUCAGGAAAUGGGGAUUCUACGGAGAAGCUUAAAGUGUCAGGGAUCAAUGAGAAUGACCCCAAAAAGUCAGAAGUACGUUGACCCACUUGCAAAGGAGUUCAUAGGCCUUCUUCAUUGACUGAACUUACUGCCAUAUAUGAUCGGCUAACCUGUAUCUAUUUCAGGAUGUCAACGGAAGUGAAACGGAAGAGUUUGACUUGGGUACAAGCAUCAAGGUUCUCAUGGAACGAGAGAUGUCAGGAGUGGAACAGCCUGGAAAGGUUCCGAAGGCUGAUACUGAGAAUCUUGGGAAGGAAAAUGGGAAUUUUCUUAUAUCCCAUGAUCUGGAGCCCAGAGAUCAAUCAUCUGCCUCAGUAUCAGAUGAGUCGAGUAACCUAAAUACAGUUCAGAGUUUUCCUCGCAAACUGUACUUAGCUGCUUUGCUGGAAGAGUUAUCUGGUGAUGGGCAUCCACGAGGAGGAUUGCUGGUGGAUUCCAAGGAGAGAACUGGUUCUGGGGAUCAUAAAAAAUCUCUGGUUGAAAUGGCAGAAUCUCUCAUCAAUCAAGCUGCGAAAGGGACUUCGAGUGGAGCAUCUCACCAGUCAGAAGAGUUUGCCCGAGCUUUAGAGAUUCUGAAUUCAGAGGAGCUACUGCGGAAGCAUCUUCAGGAUCCAAGCUCCCCUCUUGUCAAGCUUAUCCAGGAAGUUAAGACUGGAAAGAAAGGGGGAAGACCCAAGAAGGGUUCUAGACUGUUUGAAAAAUGGAAUGAAAUCCCAAGGCCACGAGAAGAACCAAUGAGCCGCAAACUGGAUCAGAAGCAAGGUAUACGCAGACUUUUUCGAAAGAAAGAGAAGUUAGAGGGCAUGAAGAUAUCGAAUGGAAAUGAUGGGGAAGCAUCAUUUGACAGAAUAGUCGUCUUGGAGUCUACACCACCAGUAAUCCACGACUCUCCUCACGCCAUGCGGUCUAGAACUCCAGAACCUCGUUACAGUCUGAGAGCUGGAGGAGAAAAGGACAGAUUUACCUCCCAUUUCUCUCUUAAAGAAAUUAAAAGGAGAAUGAAACAUGCUAUACGAGAUUACAGAAAGGACCAACAUGCGUGGUCCCUGGGUUCCGUUCUUCACAUAAUCCCACACAAACACCAGAAAUCCGGCGAAUUUGGUCAGACCAAGCCUGCGAGUAAAGUUUCACAUACCAAGGAACACACAACAUGGAGAUCGUUUAAUAUGAAGGAGAAAGCGACAAAGCUGAAAUCGAAAGAAGCUCCACCGAGCAUCAAAAGCGCAGCAGAGUUUCAGAGCAAAAAUAUUAGCAUUGCAUCGACUUCAGCUUCUCUGAAUAGAGAACAUGAGUUUCAGCGAGAGGCCAGAAAACAUCUUGUAGUGAUGCUAAAUAGUGUGAAAGGUGAAGAAAAACCUCCGGCUGUGACUGCCUCAAAGCCCUUGGGGAGAAUGCUUUCUCUCUCUGGAUACAACUCCCCGAUUCCUAUGUUAAGUCCUGAAAGGGAAAAAGACACCUUCCCGUCAACUGGACAGAUGAGAAUUUCUCCUCUCUGGCAGCCUAACCAAGAAAAUGUAAGUACUUUGAGCCCGUCGGAAAACAUUGAAAAUACAACAUUCACUUCGUCGAGCAGGACACUUGAUGAAGUAUCCAACUCAAGCCUGAGCACCCGAGAGCAUGAAAACGUCUUCAGUGAAGGAAUCUCAGGACCCGAAUGUAUGUUUAUCCAUGUUGCCUGUUCUGAAUGAUAUAAUAACUGUUCCAGCGUUGACAUUAUGAACUUCAAAAUUGCAAUGACUCAUUCUGAUUUCAUGGCAUUCCUCUUCGUGUGUACAGAUAUUACAGAGCUGUCAGAUCAAGAACACACACCUGAGAGGGAGUCAUUGGACGUGGUAUUCAAAUUGAAUGCCACAGGCCCCAUUGAUGUUGCUGAAAGGCAUGAGGAAGAGAUGUCUUCGCUGUCACCGAGAUCUGUGAGUGGACUAUUGAGACGCGUUAUACUCUAUAAUCCUGUUGUUUUAGAAAAAUAACCACCUAAAUUACCAUUGUUUGUCCAUCUCAGGGUCCAUCAGAGGCAUCACAAACAGUGAUCCUGCUGGUUCCAACCACACCUGCCACCUUACUCGUUCAGAAUAUGCUAUCUCCAGAGAGCAUAGCUGAGAAGCCAGAGCGCCCUAGCCCUGUAUCUGUCUUGGAGCCAUUAUUCUCCGAAGGUGAUAGCAGCCCUGAAUAUAGUACUGAGAAGCGUGGUAAGGGUUACUGAUUUUACAGCAAUAACGUAUCUAUGUCACCCAGAGUUUCCAUCGUUUUGAACCUGACGUGAUAAUAUGAUCUGCAGUUGAUUUCCUUGAUCUACCGUGCCGUAUUCAUUUUGAUGAGCACGAAGAAUCUGCAGAAUUUCUAGCGACAACAGGCCAUGGACGUGACCAUAAAAGUUGCUUGGAGGACGAGGAAUCGCGGGCCGAGUAUGUACGGGCCGUUCUCGAAGCUUCUGGUUUGAUGCAGAGCGGGCUGUCAGAGAGAUGGCAUUCUUCAUCCCCAUUGCUGAGUCCAUCCCUGUACGAUGAAGUUGAGCACCCUUCUGCCGAGUUCCCAGACGAUCUAAGGCUUCUGUUUGAUUCAGCCUGCGAAGUUCUUGAGGUGAUCAGGGAGAAGUUCUUCCAUUAUACCCCCUGGGUGUCCUUUGCCAAGCCCAGCGCCCGCCUAAUCCCAUCAGGUGAGAACCUCGUCAUGCUGAUCCUCAAGGGCAUCGCCAUCCAUUGUCCCUCUCGGCCACCAGAUUCAUUGGAGGAGAUCGUGGGGAAGGACCUUCAGGUCGGAGUGUGGAUGGAUCUCCGGUCUGAGAUUGAGAGCAUCGACACAGACAUAGAAGAUGCAAUCCUGGAAGACAUAAUGGAGGAGGUCAUACUCCAAUUCCAGCUUUGA